UGCCGGCUACUCAACAUCUGGCAACUCUGUAGCAAUAACAAAACAAAUGCACGUGUGAAAUUUUGUUUAAUUCAAAUAAACCAUUUGCGGAUAAAAAAUGGAUACAUUCGACAUAUUUAAACAAUUAACAGCUGGUGUACGAUUUACCAAGAAACGUGCGGCUCCGUCAUCCAAGCCAAACAAGGUAAGGGAGCAACCGCGACAGCUACCAUCGGCCAUUGAGCCAGCCAAAGCGUCUGAGUCAGACGAUGAAUGCACAGCAAAGGACGAAUUUCGUUUGCUUACUAAUGUCACUGGCACAGCACCAACUGCACCCAAGCAGAAAAAGGCCAAAAAGCAAUUGUCAAAGGAGCAGGCAGAGCAACUGCUACGUGAGGAGAAGAUUAGUGCGCUGCGCAAGGAACACAGCAUAACAGUGCUGGGCAAGGAUGUGCCAGCGCCCAUAAGUAGCUUUGACGAGUUGAGCACGACGGAUUUCAAGCUGCUGCCGCGCCUGCAAGAGAAUCUUUUGUCCUAUGGCUUCGCACAGCCCACACCUAUACAAAUGCAGGCGCUGCCCGUGCUGCUGAAUAAUAGGGCACUGAUGGCCUGCGCCCCAACGGGCUCGGGUAAAACAUUGGCUUUUCUCACGCCCAUCAUUAACGGGCUGCGCAGUCAUAAAACGACUGGGUUGCGCGCCCUGGUGCUGGCGCCCACACGAGAGCUGGCCCAGCAAAUCUAUCGUGAGUGCGUGGAGCUGACCAGGGGGACGGGACUACGCACGCACUUCAUCAGCAAAGUGAGCGAAGCGCGGCAGCAACAUGGACCCGACUGCAAGCAGAAAUAUGACAUAUUGAUAUCAACGCCAAACCGUGUUCGUUUCCUGCUGCAGCAGCAGCCGCCACUGCUGGACUUCAAAGGCAUUGAGUGGUUUGUGUUGGACGAGGCCGAUCGUCUCAUGGAGGAGGGUCAGAACAACUUCAAGGAGCAGCUGGAUGAAAUCUAUGCGGCCUGCACGCAUCCGCAAAAGCGUGUGGCCUUUUUCAGUGCCACCUACACGGUGCCUGUGGCCAAAUGGGCGCUGCGGCAUCUCAAAAAUCUAGUGCGAGUGACGAUCGGUGUACAGAACAGCGCCACGGAUACAGUAAAACAGGAACUGCUCUUUGUGGGCUCGGAAAGCGGUAAGCUGCUGGCCGUGCGUGAAAUGGUGCGCCAAGGACUACAGCCGCCAGUGCUAGUCUUUGUGCAGAGCAAGGAUCGUGCCAAACAGCUGUUCGAGGAGCUGCUCUACGAUGGCAUCAAUGUAGAUGUCAUACACGCGGAGCGAUCGCAGCAUCAGCGCGAUAAUUGUGUACGCGCUUUUCGCGAGGGUCACAUCUGGGUGCUCAUCUGCACGGAGCUGAUGGGGCGCGGCAUUGACUUCAAGGGCGUCAAUCUGGUCAUUAACUAUGAUUUUCCGCCUAGCACCAUUUCGUAUAUUCAUCGCAUUGGACGCACAGGUCGCGCUGGUCGUCCGGGACGCGCCAUUACCUUCUUUACGCAGGACGAUACGGCCAAUUUGCGGAGCAUUGCGCAGAUAAUCAAGAACUCGGGUGGAGAGGUGCCGGAGUACAUGCUGCAAAUGAAGAAGGUCCGCAAAUCGGAGGCGAAAAUGCGUGCCAAAAAGCCGUUGGAACGCGAAGACAUAUCAACCAAAAUACGCCCUGAACCGAGGCCAACGCCCAAAACCUUGGUCAAAUUACAAAAAAUAGAAAAAACCGAAAAGGUUCUCAAACAACAAAAGAAUAAGAAGGGUAAUAAUUUGGCCAAAAUUGGAGACGCCAAUGCGUCGCGCAAAACCAAAAAACUGGCGAAAAUCAAAGACCAAAUAGAGAGCAAAGUGGCAGCAAAAGGCAAAGCGAAAAAGCCCAAGAAGAGUGUUAAAUGAUGCGCCUACUUUAAGCAAUAAAUAUGAAGAUAUGUAUGUUGCUUGGCAGAUUUUUUCACGACUUGUGCUGAUGAUUCCUCUAAAGACGGUCAUAAAAUAAAGGUCCUGACGGGAUAUUCACUUGUAAAAAACAACUUUAAACUAAGUUUAAGUUCAUAGCAUAUGGGAAAACCAUUGAAAUAAUUGGACAAUUGAGUUUUCCCAUGUGUUCAUUUUAUGUGAAUAAACGAAAUCAAUAUGAUAAA